UUUUUAUUAUCAGAGUUUCGAUUGUUACGGAUCAGACAAUCAGCAACAAAUAAAGUUUCUUAGCACGAGAUCUACACGUUGAGAAAUUGUGUUGGCCAUGGAGAACUCAGGUUUAGAACUGGAGACAAAUGAAGAGGAAAAAACACACGAAGACUGUGACCUCAAGAUAAGUGUCCCUCAAACAACGAAACAAAUAUGUCAAGAAAGUACGAAUAAAAACGUACUCUAUGGUGUGGAGGACGUUCCACCUUGGUAUCUUUGUAUCCUGUUAGGCAUACAGCACUAUCUCACGAUGUUUGGAGCCACCGUAACCUAUCCUUUUCUGAUUACUCCUAAACUCUGUAUUAGAGAGGACGACCCCGCUCGUGGAUAUAUCACUGCAACCAACUUCUUUGUAUCAGGAUUAGCGACAUUGUUUCAAACUGCUUUAGGAGUGAGACUUCCAAUUAUCCAAGGAUGCACCUUUACACUGCUCGUUCCAACAUUCGCCAUCUUGGAUCUUCCACAGUGGAGAUGUCCAAAUCAAACAGAAAUAAUCGCCGCUAGAGGGACAAACCUGUCUUCAUAUGUCGUAACGGAAGAAGAAUGGGAAGAGUUGUGGCAAUCGAGAAUGAGAGAAGUUCAAGGUGCUAUAAUUAUUGCUUCAUUGUUUGAAGUAUUUAUUGGUUUCACUGGGAUUAUUGGGUAUCUUCUUUAUUGGAUCACACCACUCGCCAUUGUUCCAACAGUUGCUUUGAUUGGUCUUCCAUUGUUUCGAGAAGCUACUGGUUCAGCCAGUCAAAAUUGGGGUAUAGCUAUUUUAACGAUGUUACUCAUGGCCUUUUUUUCACAAUAUUUACGUAACGUCGACUUGCCCGGAUGUUCAUACAAGAAAGUCGACGGGUGGAGACUUCGAAAAUUUCCAUUUUUCAAAUUGUUUCCGGUUUUAUUGACUAUAUUAGUAGUAUGGCUUCUUUGUUUCAUUCUGACCACUACUGAAUCCAUCGCUCCAGAUAACCCUGCCAGAACUGAUAUUCGGAUUAACGUUUUACAUAACAGUCCAUGGUUCCGAUUUCCAUAUCCAGGCCAGUGGGGUCUACCAACUGUCAGUGUAGGAGCAGUUUUUGGAAUCUUAGCCGGAAUUAUUGGGUCAACCAUCGAAUCUGUUGGAGAUUAUUACGCAUGUGCAAAGCUAGCAGGUGCUCCCCCACCUCCCGUGAGCGCUGUGAAUCGAGGAAUUUUCACCGAAGGCGUCAGCUGUGUACUGUCGGGGUCGUGGGGUACAGGAGGUGCUCUGACUUCAUACAGUGAAAAUAUUGGAGCUAUCGGUGUAACAAGGGUUGGUAGUCGUCGAGUGGUACAAUAUGGUGCUUUAAUCAUGAUGAUAUUUGGCAUGCUAGGGAAAUUUGGUGCACUAUUUGUAACAAUCCCAGACCCAAUUAUUGGAGGAAUAUUCUGUGUGAUGUUUUCAAUUGUUACUGCUGUUGGACUGUCCAAUCUACAGUUUGUGGACCUGAGUUCUUCCAGAAAUCUUUUUGUCCUUGGAAUUUCUUUAUUUAUGGGAAUAGCAGUCCCGGAAUGGAUAAAAACUAACCCUGAUGCUGUCAACGUAGGAAAUGACGUUGCAAGCAAUAUUCUCGCCGUCCUUUUGAGCACCAGCAUGUUUGUUGGUGGAUUUUUAGGCUUACUUCUAGACAACACUAUUCCAGGCACAGAAGAAGAGCGAGGCCUAAUAAAAUGGCGGCAACAGAUACAAGUUAGCCAUCUCACUGCAUCAAAAAACGAAGAGGAGGAAAGCGGAUUGAGCUGCUAUGAUUUUCCUGUUGGUAUGGGGAUUUUACGAAGAUUGAAGUGUUUCUCCUAUUUUCCAAUCAGUCCAACAUACAAUAAAAUAAGAAUAAAAAAAACAAAAGGUCAAGAAAAUAGCCAAUAGUAUCACUGUAAGUAAAUGUUUUAUUUCGUCAUGCUACUUUACGAGAUGAAUGAUGGUUAAGUUUUUUUUUUUUAAUUAGAAAUUAAAUAAAAAGUGCUGGUUUGGAAUCCAAGUUUCAUUUGAUUGGCUGUCAGGUACAAGGUUAGAAUCCAAGUUUCAUUUGAUUAGCUGUCAGGUACAAGGUUAGAAUCCAAGUUUCAUUUGAUUGGCUGUCAGGUACAAGGUUAGAAUCCAAGUUUCAUUUGAUUGGCUGUUAGGUACAGCAGCUCUAACUCGAGCGUUGCUUUAUUUGGUCUUUUGUUUACUUUGGUACUAAUUUUAUCUUGGUGUAUAAUAGUAAA